CAUGUGUGUAAGCGUUUUGGUCGAGCGAACGUCGAGCGGAGACUGGCGCGUGAUUCUGAGUCGCCCGACGUGUGACAAUCCUGCGAUGUGUGACCGGCAAAGGCAGCCCCUCCGCGCAGCCGGCAUGCGCAGACCCGCUUUCGACUCUGCUCCAGUCGUUCGAGUGAUGCAAUGAGCUACAGGAUGCAGGAGAGAAAUGGUCGUCGUAGAAAAGUCAAGGUGAUUCUACUGGGAGAGCCGGGCGUCGGAAAAACAUCCAUCUUCCGUAGACUGAACUCUGACGACUUCGUGAAUCGUCCCAGUCUGACUGGCAUUAUGGACUGUCUCGACUGGGAUUUUAGGGACGGAGAGAAGGGCAUCACUCUGCUGGUCACCGAUACGGGCGGUUCAGACAAGAAGUGCAGCAUUACGCCUGCCUACUAUCGCCACGCUAGAGCGGUGAUUCUCGUUUACGCCGUGGAUAGAGAGGAGACGUUUCAUCGACUGCAAACCGAAUGGCUGCCCUACGUGCGUUAUCGUUUUGAUGAGAAUGAAUUUCCCAUGUUGUUCCUCGUUGGAAAUAAAACUGACUUGAGAAACAACGUUCGUGUGGAGGCGGAUGACGUUACACGUUUCUGCUCAAAUGUUAGAAUCCCGGCCGACUUUCAGUUCCUGAUGUCGUGCAAGACAGGAAAGGGAAUCCAAGAAGCUUUCAGGAGUAUUGCGACGACGCUACUGGAGGCACAGUUGUCUACCAAAGAUACAACGGACUCAGAGGCACAGCAUGUUGAUCUCGCAGACUUUGAUCAUGAAGAGCCAAGUACGUCUCCGUGCUCUGAUUGCUGAGCCGUGCUCGCGAGUAGAAUGUUUUGUAAACCAUGCAGCGCAGUCAUCAUUCUAACUGCAGACUAGAAGUUGAUUCGAAUCUUUUCAUUAAAAAAAUUUACUGUAUUUUUCUAGAUGUUGUUUUACAGGAUUGAUCUAAUUAAUUAAUUGAUAACUAUUUCAAACAACACCUGAAAUGUGUUAUGUGGCUGCCAAGUAGUUAUCACUAGAGUAAGUGUCUAGAAAGUGAUACAAGACUUUAGACUGAAGUGCUAUAGAAACCAUACAUCAUUACUUUCAAUUGUUCUUUA